UCCAACUUUCAGAUAGAAACCAACCACCACCACACCACCUCUAAAAAUAAAAAACGGAUACAUUUUCAUUUUCCAACAUCAACCAGGUAAAAAUUUAAUUUCAAGUUAUAUAAUUGCCAAAUUCUUGCAUCCAUUCUGCGAGCCUAAGCCGAACCGCGUUCUUAUCAAGAAAAGUGAUAAAAAACUAAUCAAUCGUGACGUAAUUCGUGGAAUUGUCGGUGACGUUGACUUUCGUCUUGCCGUGUGGCAAUUUAGUCACUUGUUGAAGAGAGAGGGUAGCUGCAUAGUGUCGGCAGCUGGAUCGUUGUCAAACGUUAAAAAAAGUAUUGGAACGUUUCGGUUUAUAAUUGUCAAAGUUGAAUAAUUAAGUAUCGAAGGAAGAACAAGUUUUAGUUUGAGCAACAGUUUAUUAGGAAAAGGAGAAGUGAAAGGAUAGAAUUUAAUUGGCUCAAAAUAAUUUAACGGUUUUUAUUUUUUAUAAAUUUCUGUAAAAAGAAAGCAACUGAUAAAUUCUAAAUCGAUGGCGUCAACAGAAUCCAGUAGUAAAAGCGCGAGUAGUAGAGGUCUUCGAAACGGAAGUGGUCGUGGAGGAGGUAGUGGUGGAAAUACUACGAGAAGUGAUCGCGGAGAAAAUAGAGGCGAUCGUGACCGCGGAGAAACAAGGGGCGAUCGCGGCGAAACCAGAGGCGAUCGUGACCGCGGAGAAACAAGGGGCGAUCGCGGCGAAACCAGAGGCGAUCGUGACCGCGGAGAAACAAGGGGCGAUCGCGGCGAAACCAGAGGCGAUCGUGACCGCGGAGAAACAAGGGGCGAUCGCGGCGAAACCAGAGGCGAUCGCGACCGCGGAGAAACUAGAAGUCGAGGAAACAAGGAUUCGUACGAACCUCGCCGCGGAGGCAGAGGUCAACAACACGAUGAAGGAAGUGACCGUGACCAUCAUUACGUUGGUCAACAUCAGAACGAAGGACGACGUGGAUCUCGACAACAAUCCGCCCGUGAAGAACGUGACGGCGGAUCUUCACAUUAUCAAUCCGACAAUCGCCGCGAUCGUGACGACGGAUCUUAUUACGACAGCAGACGUGGUCCUGAAAGAGGAAUUAGGGUCCAACCCCCUCCCCGCAUGCGAAAUAAAGUCCCACCCCAUCCCGCCGCCCUGGUCGCGGCGGCCGCUGCGGGAAAAAUUGAACCAAAUUAUGAAGAACACAGCGACAAGAAUUGCAUCGUUUGUUACAAAGAAGUCAAAUAUUAUUCCGUAGGAGCUUGCAAUCAUUCCGUUUGUUACGAGUGUUCGGGACGAAUGAGGGUUUUAAUGGAGCAGAAUGAAUGCCCCAUUUGUCGACAGACGUUAGAAAUUGUGAUCUUCACAAAAGGUCUGAAACCAUUUAAAGAGUUGAAAGAUCGGCUCCGUAUGUUCAUCCUGCUCCCGCAAUGGGGCCUCUAUUUGGAGGGGGAAGACGUCAACCGCGAUUUUGAACAGUUACUCGAACAUCGCUGCCCCUAUUGUCACGAGGAGGCGGAUACGUUCCCCACUUUUAAAGACCUCAAACGCCACGUGCAACGGGACCAUGAAAUGUAUUCGUGCGACUUGUGCUCAGAUAAUAUCAAGCUUUUCUCAAGAGAACGCUGCUUCUAUACACGGCAAGAACUCGCCACACAUAAGCGGAAAGGGGACCGGAACGAUAAGUCGCACCGGGGUCAUCCCCUCUGUGAAUUCUGUGAUCGCCGCUACUUUGACCACGACGAGUUGUACAAGCAUUUACGCAAGGACCAUUAUUUCUGUCACUUUUGCGACGCCGACGGAUUUAAUCAUUAUUACAAUACUUACGACGAUCUACGCCUCCACUUUAGAAAGGAGCAUUUUCUCUGCGAGGAGGAAAAUUGCAAGGAGGAAAAAUUUACGUCCGUGUUCCGAACGGAGAUUGAUAUGAAGGCCCAUUUGACCGCUGUUCAUAGCAGACUGCUCGGAAAACAUGGGACAAAGCAGGCACGCAUGAUCGAUCUCGAGUUUAACAUCAAGUCGGAUGAGGAUCGCAGGUCGAGAAGGUUUAACGGGGAAGGAUUCGUGGGACGGGGUGGAGGUCGACGAGAACGUGGUGGUGAUCACGGCGAAGAAGAAAUUGAUGACGUACCUCGACCCGUUUUCGAACCGCCACUCCAUCCCCAACCAAAGGUAGAUUCGGUCGCCGAUUUUCCCAUGCUGGAGGGUGCCGCGGCGGCUCGAGUUCUUCUCCCCGUGACGAACGGAAGUAGUCACGCAAAUUCUUCAAUUGCUCAAAAGGUUGCCCUUUCUUCGGGAAGAAAUGUAAUAAAUAAACAAUCCGGUAGCGGAGGGGGAGGUCCAAAGUGGAACGCUAAAAGUCGACAGGACGAAGAAUUCCCAGCAUUGGGACUAAACGAUCAAGUAGUUCAACCAUCGUCUCGCCAAUUCGUCACCACUACCGCGUCCACCGUGAUCUCCACCAAGAAACCAACCCCACCCGUCGACACCCAACCCGCCAAACGGAACGGGUUUGCCCGUCCCACCACACUGUCCUCCGCCCUCGAAGAAUUCCCCUCCCUUGGGAAUCCCACCUCCUCCGCCAAUGGCACUGCCUGGGCUGGCUCCGGCGUAAAAAUGAAAAAGGGCAAGCAAACCCCUCGCACCCUUAAAGUUGCGGCACCCCCGCUCGAGCGGAAAAUCGAGGUCGACCCCUACGACUCAUUUCAAUUCGUUCCUUUAAGCGUCUCUCGCGCCAGGAAGGACUCUCUCAGCAAAAAGUACGAAUGUAUCAUUGCCAACGACGAGAAUGACGACAUGCCCCCAUUAACGACGGAAAAGAAGAAGAAAAACAAGACCACCUCGUCCUCCAAUGAGUAUCCUUCGUCUCCGAAAGAAAAAGCGAAAGCUGUCGCGGCCCUGUUUAAUGGGAAAUCUCCAGAAAAUAAAGACGGUGCUAGUAGCAGUAGCAGCAAAACCCCCACCAAACCGACCAACGACGACUUCCCGUCGCUCGAACCGGUCAAAAAAUCCACCCAGUUUUUAUCCACCUGUAAAAAAUCGCCCUCUCCUUCUUCCCCUCGACCAAACAAGAUCGCACCUCCGCCCGGAUUUGGAAACGCGACGCCAAAAUCUGGCACGACCGAUUUGUUCGAUCUCUCCUUCCUCACGGCCGCGUCGAAUAAUAAAAAUCACAAUAAUAACAACAUAUCGGAGGACUUGGAGUUGUUGAAGGCGAAGGCGGGCGCGGUAGGAAAGUUGUACAGUCAACCGCCCGAAUUUACGAGGAGGAACGGGCGCCUCUUGGAAGCCAUAAAAAGUUCCCUUAAUCGGGAUGAGAGUUCCUUUGAGAUGUUCAAAAGUGUGAGUAAUCAGUAUCGGAGGGGAGAACUGGAGUCGAAAGAGUAUUACGAGCUGUGUCAAGACCUUUUUGGAGUGACGGAUUUUCGCGUCAUAUUUCCCGAGCUGGUCGCCCUCCUGCCGGAAAUUGAGAAGCAGCAGGAGCUUUUGGCCUCGCAUCGCCGCUCGGGUGGAAUAAUGAAAGACUUAUCCUCUUGCCAUGAAUGUUUCCAAGUUAUCAAAGCUGGCGAUAUGGCGGCCCAUAUUCAAUCUCAUUCUGCUGCGGAAGUCUUCCCUGCCUUGUAAAAUUUAAAAAAAGAGGAAGAAACAACUAAUAAAAUACAACGGACUCAAAUAAUUCGGAUUUAGAAAUACACGGGAAAAAAACUUAUUAAAUAAAUAAUACUUAUUGAAAAUUUUAUGUAUUGAUGGUGGAUCAAUAGAGGGAAUUAUCGAAACUAAAAAACUAUGUACGGUUUUAAAAUUUCUGUAACUUUCUUCGGUUAAAAUUUGCGGAGAAAAUAUGGAAAAUAUUUAGAAGAGGACACUCAAGCAUGAUUUAACGUUCAGCUCCGGAAAUUUUGACCAAAAUCACUCGAGAGAAAGCGUAAAUUACGGAAAUUUUAAAAGCGUAGUUUUGAUAAUUGCCUAAUUAACAAUUAUAAAAUAUGUAGUAUGUAAUUAAUUCGAUAAUUGCCCAAAUAAUAUGAACAGUCAACAGUAGAUUUACGAUUUUAGUAUGUACUUGCUAUACAUAAAGUCUAACUGUGAUUUUUACCGUAUUAUUACUGGAGCUAUGUAUGUAUCUAUGAAUCGACAUAUACGCAAAUAUUUAAAUGUGGCAGGAUUAAUCUAAUCGCUUUAAUUAAUAAUCGUCAUAAUUAUAAUUAUAUAUGUUGACCAUUGAUAUUAUCGUUCCUCCAAGUUGGAUCCUUACAUAUUUCACGGUCUCAUCUCCGAAUUGACGACUCAAAAUAUCAAAUUUAGUAUAUGUACUGUAGCUAAAUAGUUGAUAAGAAUUUAGUGAAAUUGGUAGUAAAAAAUACUCGGGAGAAAGUUAUAUUUGAAAAAAAUCGACUUUAUUGGAAAAAUUUGAAAUAAAUGGAUCAGUUCCAAACCAAAUUAUGAA